AUGCACGAAUGUACACACGUCAACACAGCACAGAUAGCGAUGUGGUCGAUAUGCGAAAACGAACCUUAUCCGGACGACAGAAGAGCGUACCCCAAUCUGAGCAGGUGGCGGUACGCAUUGAGCGACAAUGUCGACCAGCCGGCUCUACGUACUUCGGAAUUUCAUAACGGCUCACGAGACGCUACGUCUACUGAGGUGGAGCCGGGCCUUGAAACAGCUUAA